UAGUUAUGGCGGAAUGUUUUCGAGGUUGCGCAGAUUAACCAGUGUAAGUUUCUGGCAGCAUGAAGAAAGAGCAGGUUGUAAACUGUCAGUUUUCGGUUUGGUAUCCUUUAUUCAAGAAACACACUAUUAAGAGCUUGGUUCUACCUAUUCCUCAAAAUGUAAUUGAUUAUUUAUUAGAUGACGGGACACUUGUGGUUUCUGGCAGUGAGAACAACAAUUCACUAACACAGACCAAUAACAGUGACUCGGAUGAGGAGGACAUUCAGUGGACUGAUGAUGAAACUACAACAGCAGUUACGGCUCCAGAAUUCCCAGAGUUCAAGAUAAGGGUGCAAGAGGCAAUAAAUGUUCUAGGUGGGUGUGUCUUCCCAAAGCUGAACUGGAGCGCCCCUCGGGACGCUAACUGGAUUGCCCUGAACAGUUCCUUACAGUGUCAGAGUCUAUGCGACAUCUUCCUCCUUUUCAAAAGUUCAGAUUUCAUCACGCAUGACCUCACACAGCCAUUCCUCCAUUGUAGUGAUGAUUCUCCAGACCCAACCAUAAACUAUGAGUUGGUGUUGAGAAAAUGGAGCGAGCUCAUUCCAGGAGCGGAAUUCCGCUGCUUUGUGAAAGAGAACAAAGUAAUCGCAAUUAGUCAGAGAGAUUACACACAACAUUACCAGCACAUCGCCAAACAAGAGGACAGCAUCUCCUCCGCGAUAUUGGAAUUCUUUAGAGAUCACAUUCAAUACCAGUUCCCAGAUGAGGACUUCGUCCUGGACGUUUACAGAGACAGCUCAGUAAGCUUUUAUGAAUGCAAAUUUCACAUUUAAAAUUUACUGCAUAAGUAA